UAGUCUCAAUGGUGCCUUCUUCAUUUCAUAAAAAAAAGAGAAUCAUAUUUGAUACUUUUUUAGGCAUCCCAAUUCAAGGGAACAGCAAUCAUUAUCCUCUUUUUGGUAUGGAAAUAAUUCGUUAUCAGGAUAUUUACGCUAAUUUAAAACCCAUUGUUAAACCAUAUGGAAAUAAUUAUAUAAAUUUUGAUGAAAAUUUGAAAGAUCAUUUGUAUUUAAAAUUGUAUUUUACUUUAAUUUUGAUUGAAGAUAAAAUAACCAAAGAAAAUCAGAAUAAUGAUAAAAUUACUUUUCUAUUUUAUAUAAAAACACCUCAAAAUGUUAUGGGAAUUAGGGGAAAUAACCAACUUCAUCAUCGUUCAAAUAUUAUAUGCGGGCCAAUAAAUAAAAAUGUAGAAUCUGAAAUUGAUCAUUUUAAUGUUAAAAUAAAAUGGUUAACUCAAACCAACCAAGAUAAAUAUGUAAGAAUGCUUGUGAUUGAACUAUAUUGGAACUGCAUAUCGAUUGAUAAAAUUUAUUAUGAUUUUCACAAUUAUCCAAAAAGUACUAUAAACAAGCCAAUCUAUUUUCUAUCGUUUAAUAUUCACAAUACUACAAAAAUAUAUGUGGGAGACUAUGAAACAGCAUUGUCAAAUAGAAAUCAAUUUUCGGGUUAUAUAUUGGAUUUGGAUCUGGAAGGCUUUAGAAACAAUCAUCCAAAGUGCGAUAUAAACAUGGAUAAAAGACGACCAGACAUACUUAAUAGAAUAAAAAGACAAAAUGACGAAGAAACAUCAUCUCCUCAAGAAUCGAUCGAUGAAUCAGAUGGGUCUAAUGACAAUUCAACUAUAUCAACAGUUUCAACAACAUCGAAUGUAAACACGAGUAAAAGUUCAACUAUUUCUAUUUCUUCAGAUUCAGAAUCCUCGCCUGCGACUUCUAAUGAGGUAAAUACUAAAUCUACAGAUUCAAACGAUGGAAGUGGAAAUAGUGGUUCUACUUCAUCUUUAUCUACGACUAAAAGAACCGGAUCCACACAAAGUGGAACAGCUUCAACCGCAACUCCUUCAUUACCAACAAAUGAAACUGAUACAUCUACAUCUCUUUCACCAACAAAUGAAACUGAUUCUACUAGUUUAUCUUUAAUUACAAAUAGUGAAACUGGUUUAACUACAUCUGAUUCUACAACAGCUAGUGUAACUAGUUCAACUACAUCUCUCACAUCUUCUAUUGGCGGAAUAAAUUUGAUUACACCUUCUUCAACGGAUGGAACUAUUUCAACCAUAUCUCCUUCAUCAGCUAGUGGAACUAGUUUGAAUACACCUUCUUCAUCAACGGAUGAAACUAGUUCAACCAUAUCUCCUUCAUCAGCUAGUGGAACUAGUUCAAUUACAACUCAGUCCUUUAUAAUAAGUGAGACUACUAGCUCAACUGUAUCUCCUUCUUCAACAAUUAUAGGAACUGGUUUAACCACAUUUUCUACCUCAACGAUAAGAGGGUCUGAAUCAACUACAUUUUCCAACUUAACAACUAGCGAAGUUGAUGCAAUUUCAACUUCGUCUUCAACAAUUGAAACUGGUUCUACUAAUUUACCUUUAUUUACAACAAGUAAAACUGGUUCAUCCAUAUCUCCUUCAUCAAUUAUCAGUGAGAUUAGUUCUAUUAUAUCGACUGCAUCAACAACAAGUGAAACUGAGUUAACUAUAUCUACAUCAUCAACAACAAGUGGAACUGGUCCCACUACAUUUCCAUCAUCAAGUAGAGGUGAUUUGUCUAUAUCUCCUUUAUUAAAAAAUGAAACAGGUUCUACUACUUUAUCUUCAAUUAGUGAAACUAGUUCAACCAAAGCUCCUUCCUUAACGACAAUUGAGACUGGUUUAACAACUACAACUAUCGAAACUGUUUCAUCCACAUCUCCUUCCUUAACAAUGAGUGGAACUAGUUCAACUAUUUCUUCCUUAACAACAAGUGAAACUGGCUCAAGAACAGCUACUCUUUCACUUUCAUCUACAAAAAGUGGAAACGGUUCUUCUAUUUUACCCUCAUCUACAAUAAGUGAAAUUAGUUCAACCAUAUCUCCUUUAUUAACGACAAGUGUAAUUGGUUCAGAAAUUACCCUUUCAUCUAAAAUUAGCGGAACGGUUUCAAGUGCAUCUCCUUCAUCAUCAACAAGCGGGACUAGCUCAAAUACACCUCCUUCAUCAACAACAAGUGGAUCUGGUUUAACUAAAUCUCCUUUAUCAACAACUAGUGGAACUGGUUCAGUCACUUCUCCUUUAUCAACAAUAAGUGAAACUGGUUCUACCACCAUAUCUGCAACGAAUGGAACUGGUUCAAUUGCAUCUUCUUCAUUAACAACAAGUGGGACUAAUUCAAUUACAUCUCCUACAUUAACAACAAGUGGAACUGGUUCUACAUCUCCUUCCGCUACUUCUUCAUUAACUACUAUGGCCAAGGAUAAUAAAUCAAGUAAACCAGAACCAGCUCUAGGACCAAAGAAAGACUGCUGCAAGCCAGUUACAUUGAAAAUAGGACAAAAAGGAGAUCCUGGCGAAAGAGGACCAAUUGGUCAAAAAGGUGAUAAAGGAGUACAGGGGCCUCACGGUUCAAGAGGAGAAACUGGAAUGCCAGGUAACGUGCGCUUUUUAGAUCAUCUUGGAAGAAUUGCUGAAAUGCAACCAGGUCAAAAAGGACAAAAGGGAGAAACAGGGGACAUAUCAGUGAUCCAAGUUAAAGGUGAAUCUGGUGAUGGGGGUAAGCCUGGUAUCAGAGGAUCUCGGGGUAAACCCGGACAUAGAGGACCACGAGGUCCGCCUGGACCAUAUGGCGAGAUUGGAAUGCCCGGCUUUCCGGGACCAUCAGGACCCCCAGGGCCACAUGGACCACCAGGACGAGGAUUACGAGGAGAAAAGGGAGUAAUGGGACCACCUGGACCUCCCGGACCUACUACUGUCAUUAAUGCGCGCGGACAACCGUUAACCAUUGUUCCAGGACCGCCUGGCCCACAAGGACCAGAAGGUCUACCAGGUCCCUCAGGACCUAUAGGACUAAUAGGCCCACCAGGACCUAAAGGAGAUCGUGGAUUGCAAGGAUAUGUAGGCCCUCCAGGUCUUAAAGGUGAGCGAGGAUUUAUCGGACCUAGAGGUGAAAAAGGAUCUCCUGGUAUUGAAGGAUUACCUGGACACCCUGGACGACCGGGAGAACCUGGACGACAAGGAAGCGCAGGUUUGCCAGGACCACCUGGACCUCCAGGUCCCCCUGCAACUUCGGAUUCCCAAAUCCAAAAAAUUGAUCCCCGACAAAUACAAUCAUUGCGUGGGCCACCAGGACCGACUGGACCACCUGGAUUACCUGGAGUUGGAUUACCAGGUCCACCGGGUAGAGGAUUGCCUGGACCACCUGGCGCUGGGUCUAUAUCUCCAUCUUAUAUGCAAAUGUCUCAAUCAUGUCCACAAAUAUGUCCUCCAGGUCCGGCAGGGCCUCCUGGCCCUUCAGGGAAUCCGCAAAUCCAAUCGAUUUCACCAUCGCAAGGAACAAAAGUGAUAAGAUCUCAAAGGGAGUUGGAUAACUUAUAUGGUAGAUUGCCUACUGGGUCGUUUGUUUAUAUAUUAGAAGAUCCUAAAGAAUCUUUGGUUUUAAGAACUGACUGGGGAUGGAAACACAUUAAAUUAGGAGAUUUAAUACCACCUCCUAACUCACCUUCUGGUGCAUAUUCCCGCUAUUCAUAUGAUCAUCCACAAACCCCAGUCCCUCAUAAUGAAAUUGAACGUCAAAAUAUAGAACGCCAAAAGCAAAUUAACUUACGAAAUAAUAUUUUACAAGAAAGAGAGAGACAGAGACAACAUUCAAGAGCUGCCUGGUCCAACGCUAAAACUGUCAUAAAAGAUGAUGUAUUGAAGCAGAAAUUUUAUUUGAUUAAUCCCAAUAAAUAUAAUUACGAUAAGGAUAUAUAUAAUUCAGAAAAUCUGAAAAAUUUACAUUACCAUCAAAGUUACCAAAAUAUUAAAAAAAGCGUUGAAAACUUUAAUCUUGUAUCCGCUCCAUUGACAAUAAUGAAGACACAAUUUCCUGUUGAACAAGAGAUGAAAUUACUAAGGUUAAUUGCCUUGAACCAUCCACUUAGAGGAGGGAUGACUGGAUUAGCAGGAGCAGAUUUUAGAUGUUAUAAACAAGCUGGAGUUUCAGGAUUGACAGGAACAUUUAGGGCAUUAUUAACGGAUAAACAACAGGAUUUAAAACAUAUAGUUAGACCUAAAGAUUGGAAUUCUACAGUGAUCAAUAUUAAAGGUGAAAAAUUAUUUGAUCAAUGGACACAACUAUUUGCUCUUAAACCCUUAAAUAAACUGUAUUCAUUUGAUGGGAGAGAUGUUUUAAAAGACAAUACUUGGCCUGAUAAAUAUAUUUGGCAUGGAGCUAUGAAAAAUGGGGAUAUCGAUAAAAAUUCUUCUUGUAAGGGCUGGACUUCGUCUCAUGGUACGUAUUUUGGAAAAGCUUCUCAUAUUGGAUCUGAAGGACAAAGCAAUAUUUUAGAUCAAAAUGUAGUUUCGUGUGAUCGAGAGAACAUUGUUUUAUGUAUUGAAAUAAUAACUAAGGAUAAUUGAAAACAUAUGACUAUUUGAAUAUACAAUUACGAUAUUUUAACAUAUUUAUAACAUUUAACUGUAGCCUAGACCUAGUUUGACCUUAUAAAUGCUUA